AUGGACGUUCCUGUGGGUCACUGCACAGCCCUGGCUGGUGCUGAUGGAGCUGGGCAGCUCAUGGCUUCGGAAAAUCCCACCUCCUGCCUGCAGCUCUCCUUCCUUACUGCAGAAAGCGGUCACCUAAGUGCCUUUGAGAACAAACUUUGCAAGGCUGGGAGUCGAGCGCCGGGAACUGUCGAGAUCCUCAUCAAUGAGGCAGGAAACGAGGGCGACGAAAGCUACUCACAGCCAAACCCCUCCCGGCUGCCGCCCAAGAGCGCCGAAAUGAAGGGGCGGCAGCAUCUGCCGCGCACAGCUCCCCGGCAGGGUGCGAAGCGGGGGCCCCGCGCUCUCCCUGCCGACCCUGAGGUGGCCAUGUCCGCUAACGGUCGCCGCCAACAGCCGCCUCAGGGCUCCCCCGCCCCAGACCCGCCAGCCGCGCGGGCAACCGCAUAUCGCCCUCGCGGCGACCUUGGCGGCGGCGGAGCCGGACGCUCACGGUCGCGUUUCUCUCGCCCGCAGGAGGACCCGGCGCUGCUCCGCUGGGUAUACGCCAGGACGCAAAACGUGUAUCCCACCUUCCGCCCCACGCCCAAGACGGCCUUCCUGGGCGCCGUGUACGCCCUGGGGCCCCUCCUCUUCUGGAUGUUCACCUUCAAGUACGACAGGGAUCGCAGAGAGAAGCUUUACCAGGAAGGUAAAGGCAAGCAUCCACUCAGUCUUUUCUGAGUUCCUGGAAUCAGUGCUGUAAUCCAGUGCUGCUGUUGGGACACAAAUAAAAUUAAUAAGGUGUAUGUACACUGACAUUUCUCCUUCCUAAGAAUAAAACUUAAUUACUCCUUU